AUGUGGUCUGCUUCAAUGUUUUCACAAAGUGCCUUAUUUCAAGUCAAUAAACGACGUGAUUUAGCUAAAAAUACGUUGGAACAAUUUGAACGUUCGCCAAUAAUUUCUUAUCAAAGUUGGUCAACAAAAGAGUUGUUUAGUGCGAUACGUUCUUUUGGUCUAUUAAAUUUGGAUGGAGAAAUUAAAGUGAGAGGAAGGGGAUUUUUUAUAAAAAAAUUUUUUUGGGAGAGUGUGGGUAUUCUUUAUAGGUUGGAAUCGAGGAAUUGUGGUUUCCAUGGUUCCAUGUUAAAAAUAUAUGUGAAUAACUACAAUCUCACUUUAGUGCACCCUCUUGGGGCAGAAAAUCAUGCCGGAAUAGGGUUAGCAAAUCCAAAUUAG